AUGGAAUUCGAAGACUUGCUACCGGUGAUCGCCGGUAAACUGGGCGGUGAGGGACUGAUUGAUGAGCUUUGCAAGGGGUUUCAGGUGCUGAUGGACAAGGAGAAGGGGGUGAUAACCUUGGAGAGUUUGAGGGAGAACUCUGCUACGAUGGGUUUGCAGGAUUUUAAAGAGGAAGAGCUUGCGAGCAUGAUGAGGGAAGGAGAUCUGGACGGUGAUGGUGCACUCUCUCAGAUGGAGUUCUGCGUUUUGAUGUUCAGAUUGAGUCCACAGUUGAUGCAGGACUCUUGGUUUUGGCUCCAAGAGGCUCUGCACCAUAACAAUAACUCUUCCCUUUGA